AUGAGUGAUGUGGAUCACUUUGAUUACACGAUUGACACGGGAGUGGCCAAGCUGACAAAGCCGACCCUAAUCAUCCAUGGCAAUAAUUGCAUGAAUACAGCUGCCGCGAAGAGACAUUUUGACUCGAUUCCUACGGCGAACAAGAAGCUUAUCUGGAAUGAUGAAGUUUUGCACUUCCAGCAUUAUGAUCGGCCGGAUUGUGUGGAUCGCAAUGUGGGUGAUAUCGCGGCUUGGGCGAUGUUGAAGACGGUGGUCACCCACUUGACGGCGCCGAUGGGGCAACAGCUUAUCAUCAGCGCUGCUGUGUUCCAUUUCUGGAAAUUGUGGGACUUGGAGCCAGUCGGCGGGCAACUCGACUCCCUUGACCCCGGUCUGUGGGGCGGCCAACAAUAA